AUGCUUGCUGGUUUUGAUCCAAACGAUAUUCCCGCUCUGGCUCCGCGUGUCGAAGCUGUGCUGCGCCUUCUCGAUGGCUGGUCUUUGCAACUGCGCCACGCUCUUCAGACGUAUCGCGGGGGUUGCCCGAUUGACUUGCUGCCGAAUAUGACUCUAGAUCUCAGCGAAUCCCAUCUUACCAUCACAUCGAAGAAGUACGCUGUCGUCACAGAAAAGAAUAACACCCCUUUUGAAUCCGAGGAUCCUCGAGCUGGUCCUCUGCAGCGAUUAUGGUCGUACAUGGUUCAUCAAGAUCAUCUCCAGCAUCUGUUCGUAAGACAUAUAUUUGUAGCACAGGGGCAGCAGGAGCAGCCACCCGAACGCAAUGAUACCCUAGCCGGUAUUGAAAACCAGCCCCUUCCAGACGCUUUCAAAAUCAUUCAGAAAGACAGUGAACCAAUUGUCGCCUUCGCUUGUAAUCAGGAAAAGCCUGGAUGGUUGGUAGUCUCCACAGGACGAGAACUACAGGAGAUGGACAUUUCUGGAAUAUUUGAAGAAUCGAAUAAUGCAACAUCUUGGCUGUACAAUCGAACUGAGCUAGAUAUGAACUUUUUAACAAGUCGUCGCGAUCCACUGAAGGAGAACGAUGAUUACCAGCUAUUUACUGAAGGCGCACAACAAACCCAAGGACCUAAAACAGCGACCAUGCCAAUAACCCCUUGGAUUAUUGAUAGAAGUAGGAUGGGACUACAAAAGAUGUUCAAAAGAGCGGUCAAUGGAAUCCGCAGGAUAGAUUCCCACCCAACAGCUCCAUUGUAUGUGACCGGCUCUUCGGACGGUUCUAUCAGGGUAUGGGAGUGGAGUGCUGGAGCGCCUGUGUACACCGCUCGUGUCGCUGGGCAGCAUGCCAAAGUGGCUAAAAUAUCCUUUUCUUGCAACGGCAAUAAGUUCGCAGCUGUUGAUGGAGAUGGUCUGAUGUGCCUGUGGCAAGCCAGCCAUUCUACUGAGCAUAAGAAGCCCUUCUUCAGCCAAAGAUGUCACAACAAAUCAGCUUCGGAUGUGAGAUUCGUUGGCCAUAGUUCUUCUGUAUUGAUAACAGCAGGCGCCUCAUCUGGAGAAUUCAACCUCGGUCUCUGGGAUACGCUGCUGCCCCAGAGUCGAGCUUUGGUUCACUCUUGGGUGGCGCAUCCUGAAGGAGCUACAGUAGCCAUGUAUAUACCCAACCAGCAAGUGAGUUCGCUGUGGAUGGUCUGUUGAUA